AUGCAUCGUGGCCGCCCUGAUACCGAGCACCUCGUUGACGCGUAUAAAAACUACUCUCUGAAUCCUGCAUCUUAUUACUGCUUCAAUGGAACGUGCAAUAACCUGCAACACAAACAGUGGGGAGCCGUCGUUACGUGCUACAAACGUAUGUUGCGGGCCUACUACGAAGAUAAGCGAUCGGAGCCGAAGUUACCUGAAUGUAAAAUGACGACCGACGUGUCAAAUGAUCCGGUCUUGCUGGAAAGGAAUGCAACAUGUAUAAAUUACGUCCGCUUGGCAGUGUGCCCUUGUGAGUCAGAUGGACCACGGAGACAUAUGAACAGUCUGACAGCUUACCUCGAUCUCUCCUUGCCUUAUGGAAGCGCGAAAAAGGAACUAGAUCGUCUUCGAGAUUAGCGUCUACCACAUCUGACACACAUAUCCAAAGGCAACAGCCUGCCAUUACGAGAAGACCAUGAUUGUAUUAGCGAACAGUGUUU